CAGGGGUGGACUGACCAUUUGGAAACUCGGGCACUGCCUGAGGGCCUGGGGUCAGUAGGGGGCCCCAUGAGAUGCCCCUGGUACCUUUUUCAUAGGCUUUUUUGAGUUUGGGCAAGGACACAGGAGCCCCAUGAUCCCCUAUUGCCCGGGGCCCCAUCAGUUGUCAGUCCGCCCCUGGAGGGUGUCUAUGGGAAGGUUUGAGUCCAGGGGCGGACUGACCAUUUGGAAACUCAGCACUGCCCGAGGACCUGGGGUCAGUAGGGGGCCCCAUGAGAUGCCCCUAGUACCUUUUUCAUAGGCUUUUUUGAGUUUGGGCAAGGACACAGGGGCCCCAUGAUCCCCUGUUGCCCGGGGGCACCAU